AUGGAAAACUCUACUCACUACGAGGUCUUCAGGCUUGCUGCAUACGGUGAUAUCGGACAAUUGAAAUAUUUCUACUUUGCUGUAGUGACUGUUUUAUAUUUUGUCAUCAUUCUUGCCAAUACUUUACUUAUUGGAGUUAUCUGCAUUGAAAGAAGCCUUCAUGAACCCAUGUAUAUGUUUCUAUGUGCUUUGUUUGUUAAUCAGUUGUAUGGGAGCACUGGUUUGUUUCCUGCUCUCAUGUUUUACUUGCUGUCUGACACACAUGAUAUUUCCCUUCUUUAUUGUUAUCUCCAGAUUUAUGUGUUGUACACAUAUGCUCUAACAGAAUUUUGUAAUUUAGCAGUUAUGUCCUAUGACAGGUACAUCUCUAUUUGUUAUCCUCUACAGUAUAACAAUAUAAUGACACCUAAAACCAUUUGUGGCUUAAUUUUACUGUCCUGGGUGUAUUCUUUUUUCCUCAAUGCCAUCAUUAUCUCCCUGAGUUUGCGACUGCAAUUUUGUGGUAACAUUCUAGACAGAGUGUAUUGUGACAACUACUCAGUCGUCAAGCUUGCCUGUUCAAAUACUAUGCUGAAUAACAUAUGGGGUCUUGUUGUCACUGUGCUUUAUAUUUCUUGUACUAUAUGUCCUACCAUAUACUCAUAUGUAAGAAUUCUACAGAUAUGUUUAAAGUCUUCUAAAGAGACGAAACAGAAAGCAUUUAACACCUGUAUGCCACAUAUAGCCUCUUUGCUGAACUUCUUAUUUGGCUGUUUAUUUGUGGUUCUACAAGGCAGAUAUGAAACUGCAGAUCUUCCACCUAUACUUCGCACUAUUUUAUUAGUUUAUUUUCUGAUAUGUCCACCACUUUUCAAUCCUUUAAUGUAUGGCGUUAGGAUGGUUAAUAUCAGGCAGGCUUGUAAAAAGGUACUACGACUUUACCCUAAAACAUAAACAGAUGAUUUUUGUAAUAUUGAAUUGUGUUUUGUUACUUAUAGUUGCUAUCAUUGACUGUGCAAAUAUGUAUAAUUUUGCCAUAAUUUCUAUGUAGACCAAUGAUUCUUGUAAAGCAUCAAGUUUAUAAUGUAUUGUAACUGAGAAUGAUUUGUGUCAUAUUAGCUAGUUAACUGCAUAACUACAGAGCAUCAAGGGGCGCUGCCCUCCCUACCUUCAGGUUGUGCUCAAACAGAUGCUAACAGGGAUCUUUGGGACGACCCUACACCCCAACCAGCUCUGCCACCUCUGUUCUCUUGGCCCACCGUUACAUUUCUGCAAUGUAUAUGUAACAUGUCCUCAUGUUAUUCUAGCAGUGAUGGCUUAUGACAGGUAUGUCUCCAUUUGUAAGCUAUUUCAAUAUCAGAACAUUGGUAUAUUUUAUUAUUAUUAUUCCCAUAACUCUUUUCAAAUGUUUAUCACUUCAAGGCUCCCUUGUGCCGGAAACAAUCUGUUUUUUUGUGAUGACUAAGCAGUUGUUAAACUCUCCUGUUUUGAAAGUGAGCUGAGCAGCCUGUCUGGUACUGUAUAUCUACCAUAUCAAGUCUAGUGGUUUUACGUUUUGUGUUAGUUGUGCUCUCAUAUGUCAAAAUAGUAAAGUCUCAAAGGAGUCACGAACGAAGACUUUUAAUGUGUGUACCCCCCACUAGAACAUAUUCAUCAACUUCUCUGCAAACCAUCCUUUUUUCUGUUGUUUACAGGCACAGAGGUUGAUGUAUUAAUAUCAGUACAGUUCAUUCUUUUCCCACCACUGGUGGGAUGUACCACUGGUACAUCCUAUCAUAUAUGGUAUUAGGACCAAGAAGAUCAGGACAUGUGUUACAAAAAUUAUAAGAAGAAUAUUUCCGAACUCUUGAUUUUCCUCAUCGAAAAUCUGAACCUAAACUGGUACCAAUUAUGACUUUAGAUAUUACAGCGGCAGGGCAGGGUUGAUGGUUUGAAUCCCAGGUCUGACAGGAUCAUCUGCUAGAACUGAAUGUUUAUACAUUUGUUUUUAUCAUCAACCUAAUCUCUUCUCUUUUGUAUUGCAUUCUAUUUCUGUGAAUUCUUCUGCAUUUCGUUAAAUGUAUUUUACUGUUGUCAAGUCAAAUCAGUGAUGCUGCUGUGUGUUCUUCUAGCAUGUCAAUGGACAUGUAUGUGUGUUUCAGUGGGGUUGGGGACAAAGUAAAAUGAUGUAAUAAAUUCUGUUUCAACAAAUGGGCAAUAAAGUAUUCUUCUAGAAGUGACAGUUCUAGCAGAUCCUUUUGAUAUUUAGAUGAAAUUUGAAUUAGCAAGUGAAAUACACAUAAUUUCCUGUAAAAUAAAAGGGAUGAAUCCAUUUUCUUGA